AUGUUCGGGACCUUCUCUGCUUCCAGCUCACCCGCCCCAUCGAGAAAACCCAAGCGCAGCCAGGUAUCAAAGGCCUGUGAUUCAUGCCGACUGCAUCGCGUUAAAUGCGAUACCCAAUACCCAUGUCAGAAUUGCUCUAGCAAAGGUUUGCGAUGCAAUAGCACGACCCGGCAGAAUCCAGGAUGGAGUCUAUCUCGUGCUAUGAGCGAGAUCGAGAGGUUGAAAGCACGAGUGAAAGAGCUUGAGGGACAGAUCAGAGAUACAACCAUCCCAACACCACCAGACGAAAACACUCCAGAGCUCAUAUCGAACGAUCCGCCUCCAAGCUUUCCAUACGCCAACGAGGGAGUUCAACUCGACACCACGACAGCCAUCCAAUCAGCGGCCACCGGCACUCAGUACUACGGGCCUUCAUCUACGUACUAUUUCAUCCAUUGUAUCAGCCAGCGUCUCAAAGCAACUGGUUGCAGCCUAAGUGGCGAUCAGGAGCCUCACAGCUUGAUACCCGACUCGGCAAGUAGAUCCAUGGGCAACGUUAUCAAUACUCCCGAUGCCGAGUUGGAAGAACAUCAACCGUCAGAUAGCGCCGUGCCAGCCAGAGCGACACACGGAUUGACUGAGAGAACUCUGUCCGGGAAAGACUUGUCGGCAACUCAAGAAGCCUUCUUCCUCGACCUCUUUUGGGACUCAUGGCAUUGCUGUUACCAGCUUCUGGACGAGGCAGAUUUCAAGGCACACUACACAUCACUGUGGAAUGAGCCUAUAGGUGACACGAGACAGGACUCACCUCUUGUCGACAUUGUAUUGGCUCUCUGUAUGCAGUUCGGUGUCACAUCGCUACCUCGUCAUAGUGGCUACAAGGCAGAGAUCAACUCUCGGGAUGCAGCUGUUGCCGGCCGCUGGUUGUAUCAGCGGUGCCAACGACUGAUAUCGUGUGACCUGGAGAGGCCUACACUACAGACCUUCCAGUGUCAACUAUGGUCUGCGAUAUAUCUUGCCAAUGCUUCUUACCAGAACAUGGCUCAAAAUAUGCUGGGGGUUGCAGCGCGCAUGGCAUAUACAUUGGGACUCCACAUUGAGCCAGCGAACGAUCUACCCGCCAAGGAAAUAAAAGCACGAAAGCAGGCCUGGUGUAUCAUGUUCAUGUUUGAGACAAGAUCAUGUAUCCGAUUAGGUCGGCCUUGGGUCACCCAAACACAGCCGAUUUCACCAUUAUUACCUACCAGCGACCAAGGCCACGUUACAGCGGCCGUUGAUCAACUGAAAUACACUACCGAGAGAGCCAAACUCACAGAGAUCGCCCGAUCAGUCUUCGAUAGUGUGUUUCAUUACAUAUCGCACGGGGAAACUACCAGAAGAGAUACUCAAAUACGAGCAUUUGAUUCAGGUAUGAAUACAAUACGCGCUUGGGCGGAGUCGCUGCCUAAUAUGAUGAAGACGGAGAGACGGAGUGGUGGGAAGCCUCUCUCAACUGAUCUGUCAGAGCUCGAGAUGGAGCCAUUUGCCCCCGUCUCGCUGCGGAGGCAGCGCUUGAUGCUUGAGCUGUUCUACCACGAACUGAUGCUCACGCUCGGACGGCAUUGCAUAAGCCAAUCCUUGCCUCGAUCUGGGAGCAACAGGACCUCGUCAGCUCAUGAAGUGGCCGGUAUCUCAGCUUUACACGCAGCCGCCACAACGAAACUUUUAUACCAGAUUUGCCAAGGAUACGACAUUUUGAACGGAUGGUACGAGCCAUUCAACUGCCAAUGGAACGCUGCUAUAACACUCGUCGGAUAUCUCCUAACAUGUCCCCAAGACAGUCCAACUGCUACAAUCGCCCGCACGGCUCUGUUGCAAAGUAUUACGGUGCUAGAGAAGAUGGGCGAGUUCUUUGGAGCAGCUUCGAGUGCGGCUGGUGUGAUACGGACACUCCACCAGAGGCUGAACAUGCCGGUCCAAUCUCAAAUGGUGACGGACAGUAAUAUCAUCACAGCUGACACGGUUCAAGACGUUGACUUUGAUGACUUUGGGGCUUUGGACCUGUCAUUUGAAGGUAUACUGGGGACCUUUGGGACGGAAUCUGAGCUCGAAGGACUUGGGUUUGGAGUUGACAUGCAGGCUUUUCUGACGAGCGAUGAUGAGUACAUGCGCAGAAUCCAGAAGGAAUCUCACUAA